AAUUUGUUAAAACUUAAUGUUUUGCUUAUCACGCCCUGCUUUGCAUGUGACCUGGAUUUUUUUUUUUUUUCUGAGAUGGAUGCUUUGUUGCAUGCUUCAGCAGAGUAACUUUGACUUGGGAAAAUCAAAACCCGAGAAGGAGAAUCGAAGAUGGAAAAAGGAGAACAAGCAGCGAAUUGGAGCGAGGGGGUGGAGGAUCUGGUUGCGUCAGGAGACAUGCAGAGUGCUCUCUCCUUCCUCGAGAACCUAAUUUCCAAACUCCAAGUCCCUGAUGACUCUGCCAAAAUGACGGCGUUGGAUCUCCAAUUGGCUUCCACUCUCUGCGACUUGGCCAAUCUUUACUCCUUUAUAGGCUUCUCUCUCAAGUCUGACGAGUUACACACUCACGCAUCUCUCAUCAGAGAACGCUCUCAGUCUUCUUGUGAGAUAAAGAAUGAUUCGAAGGAAGAUUACUUGUUGUGCCCAAGCAUUGGCAUACUCUGUAGAUGCUGCUCCUCUGUUGCCUGAGCUGAAAUUAUCAAUGUACCGAACAUAGUGUUGCUCCAAAGAACAGUGGUUCCGCCAAAUGUGACACAAACACCCUCCUCCGUCUUCCAUCUCUUGCAAAACCGGACCUCAUCAAUUAGAUAAAAAUGCAUAUCAAACAAUGUCCAAGGAGAAGAGAUGUAUUCUAAUCUUUUGCCUGAUGAUUAAGAGUUGAACUCGAUGAAUUAGUUUAAUUUGUGGCUAAUUUUUGGGCGAUCUUUGAAGGGAGGAGCUGAAUUGAAGAAAGAUUGGAUUUGGUCGUCGGUGUUAUUAAUUCAUUAAAAUGGAAUCCAUUUUCAACUCCUUGCUGGAUUCAAAAGGAAACCCUACCCUAGCCAUUGAAAAAUAAACUGGAAAUAAAACAAGAGACUUGAA